UAUAUUAUAAUAUAUAUUAUUAUAUAUUUAUAUACACUUACAUAUACUUGUAUACGUAUACAUCUACUGACUACAUGUAUAACCAAUUUCUAUUCUCUUAGGUACCAUAAGUCAGGUACAGUUAGAAGCUCAUUGAUUAGUUGUCGUUUAGUUCCCAUUUUUCACUUUAAACAUCAGGUGAUUCAACUAUAACUAUAACUAAACCAACCCCAAUUUAGAUAAAAUCGUUUAGUAUUUUAAGUACGAAUUUUAAUAAUUCAAAUUGCAUACGAAAAUAUAGUGUAGAAUUUCCAAAGUGUCACGUUCGCAAUUUAACCAAUUCAAGUUACGGGUAUUUACCCUUUUGAGAAAGAGAAGCUUAAUUCUCAUUACCUUAUUGUUAAUAGGCGCAUUGAUAUUUCGAAGAAUUGUAUCAUCAAUUUCAUUAAAUAAUACUCAAUCGAUGUUUUUAGGUGCGCGACCUACAACCGCUGUUAUUGGAACAGGACUUGCGGGGUUAAGUACUACAUUGAACUUAUUAGAAAAGGGUUAUAAUGUUGUAUUGAUUGAGAAGACUGAUAAGAUUGGAGGGAAUUCAAUUAAGGCUUCUUCAGGUAUUAAUGGAGUAUUAACUAAAUUUCAACCUCCAGGUGAUUCAUUUGGUUCAUUUAUUAGUGAUACUAUAGAUUCUGGUAAAGGGUUAUGUAAUACGGAAUUAGUAUCUACAUUAGCUGAAAAUUCAAAAGUUGCUGUGGAAAAAUUAACUGAUAAAUAUGGGAUUGAUUUACUGAAAGUAACUCAAUUAGGAGGACAUUCUCAUGCUAGAACUCAUAGAGGAGGAGGUAAAUUACCUCCAGGAUUUGCUAUAAUAUCUUCACUUCAAAAGCAAUUAGAGUUACCUGAAUAUAACAAUAGAUUAACUAUUAUUAAGAAUGCUCGAUUUGAUAAGUUUAUCGUAGAAAAUAAAGCUGUUGUCGGAUUAGAAUAUCUCCUUCAGCUCGAAGAUAAUGCUCGUAAACAAUUAUUGGUAGAUAAUAUUGUAUUGGCUACAGGAGGUUAUUCUGCUGAUUUUGAUCCUUCUGGAUUACUUUUGAAAAAUAGACCUGAUGUAAAACAUUUAGCUCUGACCAAUGGAAUUCAAACUACUGGUGAUGGUCAAAAGAUUGCAUUAAGAGAUUUAGAUGCUAAAUUGAUUCAUCUUGAUAAAGUUCAAAUCCAUCCUACAGGAUUUAUUAAUAGGAAAAAUGUUAAUGAUAAGUGGAAAUUCUUAUGUGGAGAAUUAUUGAGAGGUAUUGGAGGUAUUCUUGUUAAUCCUAAUACUGGAACUCGAUUUGUUAAUGAAUUAUCUACAAGAGAUGUUGUAACUGAUGCUAUAUUUAAGAACUGUAAGAUCAGUCAGGGAAAUAAACUUGACCUUGAAGAAGAUACUGCUGUUUCUGUUAUUCUUAUUAAUGAACAAGAUUAUUCUAAGGCUGAUAGUCAUAUUGAUUUUUAUAAAUCUCAAGGUUUAUUAAACCUUGGAAAUUAUGGAGAUGUAUUCAAACUUGUUCAAGAAUUAAAUCCAGUAUUUAAUAUUCCCAAGGAAGAGUAUGGAAAGUUAUUCAAUAAUUAUAAUGAAGAUUUUAAUAUGAACAAACAAGUAUAUUAUGGAUUAAUUACUCCUGUUCUUCAUUUCACAAUGGGAGGUAUUCAAAUAGAUGUUAAUGGUAAUGUGAUUAAUAAACUUGAUCAAAUUAUACCUAAUGUAUAUGCAGUAGGAGAAGUUAGUGGAGGAGUUCAUGGAGCCAAUAGAUUAGGUGGUUCAUCAUUAUUAGAAUGUGUUGUAUUUGGACAAGUUGUGGCAAAUUCUAUAAUUAAUAGUUCAAAAGCUUAAAAAGUUUAAAAAUAGUUAGAUUUAUACAUAGAAUAUUAAUAUUCUUAAUUAUUACGAAUUUAAUAUAUAUAUUAUUAAAUAUACAAAAAUUUA